AUCGUUUACUAAACUGGCAUAGAAUUGAGUUUGGUGGGGCAAUAAAGACGGCGCUACAAGUCUAAGUAAUAACAAGAAGGAAAGAUAAUUAGCAUUUUGCGGCGCGUAUCUUUAUCGCGGGAGUAAAACCCGAGAACCAAACAGCACAAAAAAAAUAAUCAACCCAACCAUUGACAGUUUGGCGCCGUGCAACAGCUGUCGUUUCGACGAUAGAGAGAAAUAAAUAAUUGAUUUUUUUGUGUUCUAACUAAACGCUAUGUCCCCGCCUUCAACGUAAUAGCUCUAACACGCACUUUUUGUUAUGUUUUAAGAGGUUUACGAACUUGAAUAAGAGUAACCGUUGUUGUGCGUUUAUUUGUUAAGUUAGUAGUUAAAAAAAAACUUAAAAAUGACAUCCAAACAACGCAAAAUAGCCGUUAUGGGUUAUAGAUCAGUUGGAAAGUCAUCUCUAAGUAUACAAUACGUAGAAGGUCAAUUUGUAGAUUCUUACGACCCCACAAUUGAAAAUACAUUCAUUAAAACCACACGGUUUAAUUCACAAGAAUAUGAAUUGAAGCUUGUUGAUACAGCAGGUCAAGAUGAGUACUCGAUAUUUCCUCCCGAAUAUGCCAUUGAUUUUCAUGGAUAUGUCCUGGUUUAUAGCAUUACCAGCCCAAAAUCAUUUGAUGUUGUUAAACUUAUUUAUGCUAAGUUAUUGGAUAUAAAGGGAAAAGGCCAUGUUCCAGUUGUAUUGGUUGGAAAUAAAACUGAUUUACACAUGGAACGAAUGAUACCAUCAGAAGAAGGUCGUAAAUUGGCGGAAGAUUGGAAGGCUGUGUUCUUGGAAACAUCUGCGAAACAAAAUGCCGUAAGUGCGUUAUGUUUGCGGAGUAAAAAGAGUGAGUUGUGUGUGAAGAAUGGCAUGUCGGUGUCUGAGAUCUUUCACAAGCUCCUUUCCGAGAUUGAAAAAGCUGAUGGCAAUAUCAGUGAGAAACCUAAUUGUACAAUAUCAUAAAUAAAAGUUUUAUUAUGUUUCCAAGAUCCCAAUGGAACAAUUAAGAGAAUGAAAAAAAUUUAUAAUUUUAGAAUAAACUGUAAAAUAAGUUUAUUAAUGGGUUUAUAAGAAAGUUGGAAAUUAUUAAUUUUUUUUUUUUUGGACGAACGAAGCGUGAUAUUAGCCUGUAUAUCAAGAAAUCAGUUCGCAAUGAAAUUUGUGUAAUUAAUUUAAUUAAUGUGUCUAAUAUGUUUAAAUGUAUUUGCUUUUGUUGUAGUAAUUAUAAUUAAUCCCUAUUUUAGUUCAUAUGGGUUUUGUAGUUUAUAGUUAAGUAUAGAAAGGUAACCUAUAUUUAGUAUAUUUUUAUUAUGUUUUUCCAACAACCAAAAAGUUAAAAAAGAAUUAUUUGGGCAGCUACAUACUUAGAUUUAAUAAAAAAAUUGAAUAAUAUGACUAGUCAUACAAUUAACUGUGCGAAAACAAAUUUUUUCUGUUUAUAUUCAUUAUUUUCGAAAAUGUAAUUAUAAAUUCUUUUGUUACGAUAUUAAUUUAGUUAUAUCACUGCCGUUGUAUGUUUCUCAAUAUCUUUAAAAUCCUAUCAUUCAAAGGAUGAAUGUUGAACGUGUGAUGCAUGUUGCGUUUUAAUGUGUCAAAUAUUUUUCAACAAUAUUCUUCAGAGGCGUGAAUGGUUUUUUUCUGGGAGUAAUCGAUUAUGGCACAAAAUCGUUAUUGAUAAUAAAAUUUGUUCGUAAAAA